CAAAAUAAGUGUUAUGAGUUUCAAUGUAUAAACUGAGUUAUUUCCCCUGUAAAGAAAGAAGAUGAUGUUUAUUUUUGGUCUUGUUUUCUUUCAACUGAUGAUUAUGGCUACAGCAGACUGCAGUCCAAAACUUGAUAAUGCAGUAGUUGAAGACCUUUUGACAAUGUUAAUUAAAUAUAAAGGAGGAUCUGAAUUUAGAAACUACAGAAAAUUGAGAGAUAUUCCAGCCUUUACUGCAUCCUUAUCAGCUUCUCGGAAGAUUAAUGCCAAAGAUGUAGUGAAGUUUGACAAAGUUUGGACUAACAAUGGAAAUCACUAUGAUCCUAACACGGGAAUUUUCAUAGCUCCAAGAGAAGGGCUGUACCAUGUUUCAACUACAGUCAUGUCAGUAUCUGGAAAAACUGUUUAUGUUCACAUUUGGCAGAAUGAGAUAAAGACAGUUGGGUUGUUUCCUGGUACUGGCUACAGCGAAGCUACUGCUAACUUGGUGUUACAUUUAAAGAAAGGGGACAAAUUAACAGUGAAGGGUGGUGGCGGUCAUCCUGAUCUGUUCAGCAGUACUGAAUACUACUGUUUGUUCUCUGCUUAUCUUAUAGCAUAAUAAAUACACUUAA